AGCUCUGCUCUCUCCUAGAUGGAGAUGGACGAUGGGAAAGGCGGCACAGGGCUCCGGCAGUACUACCUGUCCAAGAUCGAGGAGCUGCAGCUCAUCGUGAACGAGAAGAGCCAGAACCUGCGGCGCCUGCAAGCACAGAGAAAUGAGUUGAACGCUAAGGUGCGCCUGCGGCGGGAGGAGCUGCAGCUGCUGCAGGAGCAGGGCUCUUACGUGGGAGAAGUGGUGAGAGCCAUGGACAAGAAGAAAGUUCUGGUCAAGGUGCACCCAGAAGGGAAGUUUGUGGUGGACGUGGACAAGAACAUUGAUAUUAACGACGUGACCCCAAACUGCCGCGUGGCCUUGCGCAACGACAGCUACACGCUGCACAAGAUCCUGCCCAACAAAGUGGAUCCUCUCGUGUCCCUCAUGAUGGUGGAGAAGGUUCCCGAUUCCACUUACGAGAUGAUCGGGGGCUUGGACAAGCAGAUAAAGGAGAUCAAGGAGGUGAUCGAGCUGCCGGUCAAGCACCCUGAGCUCUUCGAGGCGCUGGGGAUCGCCCAGCCCAAGGGUGUGCUGCUCUACGGACCCCCCGGCACGGGCAAGACCUUGCUGGCCAGGGCUGUGGCCCACCACACUGACUGCACCUUCAUCCGCGUCUCGGGCUCUGAGCUGGUGCAGAAGUUCAUCGGCGAAGGUGCCCGCAUGGUGCGGGAACUGUUCGUGAUGGCCCGGGAACAUGCCCCCUCCAUCAUCUUCAUGAUGGAUGAGAUUGAUUCCAUCGGCUCCUCCCGCCUGGAGGGGGGCUCAGGCGGGGACAGCGAGGUGCAGCGCACGAUGCUGGAGCUCCUCAACCAGCUCGAUGGCUUUGAAGCCACCAAGAACAUCAAGGUGAUCAUGGCCACCAACCGCAUCGACAUCCUGGACUCUGCUCUGCUGCGCCCUGGCCGCAUUGACAGGAAAAUCGAGUUCCCUCCUCCCAAUNUCCAGGCCCGCCUGGACAUCCUCAAGAUCCACUCCCGGAAAAUGAACCUGACGCGGGGCAUCAACCUGCGGAAGAUCGCGGAGCUGAUGCCGGGGGCGUCGGGGAGCAGGUGACGUCCCUGUCCCUCGCAGGGGGUGUGCACAGAAGCUGGGAUGUACGCGCUGAGGGAGAGGCGGGUGCACGUCACGCAGGAAGACUUUGAAAUGGCUGUUGCCAAG